AGAAAACAAAUAUACGCAAUCGAGGCGAAUGUAUGCCCAGAAUCAAGGUUGUACGUGCGCGAUUUGGCUUAUAGUUGGUUCGAGGACGGCAGAUCGGGGUCUGCGAGCAGGUUUUAAUCGGAUCUUUUGAAGACCUUUAACUCCGCCCUCGGCACGCCCAUUUAAACAAGAUAAAUAGUGCAGGCUGACGGAGAGAGGAGUCCGGUUUCAUAUCAGAGCUGCUGCGAGACGAUGGAGACUGAAAUCGAACAGCAGGAAGAGGAGAGCACUUUCAGCAACACUGAAACAAACGGAAAGCGUCCAGCUGAGGACAUGGACGAGAAGCAGGCGUUCAAACGCUCCCGCAACACGGACGAGAUGGUGGAGCUGCGCAUCCUUCUACAGAGCAAAAACGCAGGAGCUGUGAUCGGAAAGGGCGGCAAAAACAUCAAGGCACUGCGCACGGAUUACAAUGCCAGUGUAUCAGUCCCAGACAGCAGUGGCCCUGAGCGGAUUCUGAGCAUCAGCGCCGACAUUGAGACCGUGGGAGAAAUCUUGCUGAAGAUCAUCCCCACGUUGGAGGAGUACCAGCAUUAUAAAGGGAUUGACUUUGACUGUGAGCUGAGGCUCCUGAUCCACCAGAGUCUGGCUGGGAGCAUCAUCGGGGUGAAAGGUGCCAAAAUCAAGGAACUGCGGGAGAAUACCCAGACCACCAUCAAACUGUUCCAGGAGUGCUGCCCUCACUCCACGGACCGUGUGGUUUUGGUCGGAGGCAAGCCAGACCGCGUCGUUGAGUGCAUCAAGAUCAUGCUGGAGCUGAUCGCCGAGGCUCCUAUUAAAGGGCGGGCUCAGCCGUAUGACCCCAACUUCUAUGACGAGACGUAUGACUACGGCGGCUUCACCAUGUUUGAGGAACGCGGCCGAAGGCCCAUGGGUUUCCCUAUGCGCGGACGCGGUGGGUUCGACCGCCUGCCCCCUGGCCGCGGAGGCCGUCCUAUGCCCCCCGCCCGCCGGGACUACGAUGACAUGAGCCCUCGCCGUGUGCCGCCCCCACCCCCUCCAGUGAGGGGGGGCAGAGUUGGGAGCAGGGCUCGCAAUCUCCCUCUGCCUCCACCCCCGCCCCCUAGAGGAGGAGACGACCAGUAUGGCUACGACAGUUAUCAUGGCAGUGCAGACGACAGACCAAGUGAUCGAAGAGGGAGACCCAGUGACCGCUACGACAGCAUGAGUGGUGGUGGAUAUGAUAACAGUUCGUCCUGGGAGCCGUUCCAGUCUGGUGGGCGUGGGUCCUACGGUGACAUAGCGGGACCUGUCAUCACCACACAAGUGACAAUCCCCAAAGACCUGGCGGGAUCGAUCAUUGGGAAAGGUGGCCAGAGAAUUAAGCAGAUCCGUCAUGAGUCCGGAGCGUCUAUCAAGAUAGAUGAACCUCUUGAGGGUUCUGAAGAUCGCAUCAUUACCAUCACAGGCACACAGGACCAGAUCCAAAAUGCACAGUACCUAUUGCAGAAUAGUGUGAAGCAGUACUCUGGUCGGUUCUUCUAAAGGAGGAGAGUAAGAUGGAAAACCGCCCUGCUUGUUAUGACCCUGCUUCUGUUUAAUGAGCCAACAUUCCUCUGCUUUAGAUAGUUGUUUUGUAUUCAGGGCUCUGCCUCGAUCUCAUGUCCCCCUCCCCCUUUUUAACUCUCUGAACUUCAGCUAAAUGUGUGGAGUUUCACAAAGAGGACAGUAUCCCCCCCCCCCUCCCUUUUUUUUUCUUCCCCUCCGUUUUGGAUUUUGCCUCCUGCUGUCAUUCCCUGUAAGUUGUGACUGACCUGUACCGUGUUCUCUUAAGUAGGUUAGACCCAUCUGAACACUGUGUGAGCAGCGCGGCUGCUGCCGGCGGACUAAAGCCCAGCAUGCCUUCAGUACAGUGAGCAGGACGUAAUGUGUUAGAGGAGGAGCCCGACUCUUAAAGCCGAAUGCAGGCGAUCGUGCUUCCUUACGACUCUUUUCCUGGCAGUGUCUGAGACGAGGGGGCUGUAUAAAUGUAAAUAUACAGUGAUUGUUUCUAUGAAUUUUAUAAAAUUUGAAAUUUCCUUCCAAAUUUGUCUUUGGUGCAUCAUAAUCCAGUGUACUGAUUGGACCAAAUGGGGUUUGACAUGGGCGGGCGGGUGGGUAUUGCAUCCAGACGCAUUGCUUUGUAUAAGGAUGGAAUACAUUUUGCUGUUCACCUGUCUUUUUUUUUUUUUUAAAUCUAUGAAUAGAAAUAUUUGUGCGUUGGGGGGGUAUAUCCCCCCCCAACCCCCAUUUCAUUGUAUGACUAAAAUCUGAACUAAAUCCGUUAACGAAACUCAAACUAGUUUUCUACAUUUUAUUUAAGCAUUUUUAAACGUCUAGAAUGUCCAUUUGUGAUUCAGGGAGCUAAACGUCUAGAGUGUUUAUUUGUGAUUCAGGGAGCAGCGUAGCCAUCAGAGUGCCACAUGUCCCAUAUGUUUGCAGAAGUUGACAUUCCUUCUGAAACCCUGUUCAGUUUGCUGUCCGUGAGUAAUAAAGUGAAAUGCUACCUUUUA